AUGCGCUACCGCUUCAUCUUCGCCGCCGCAGCGCUCCUGUGCCUCUUCUGGUGGCUGAAUGCCCUCCCGGAGAGGUACCAGGGCAUCCGACCCAGCAGCCUGAUCCAUGCGAUGGGCCCACGGGACCGCAGCACACUGGUGGUUUACGUCUACUCCUUCACCGACCCGGAGUACGAGGGGAACCUGCGCUACUUCCUGGAGCACGGUGUGGCGGCCGACGACGGGGUGGACUACGUCAUCGUCAUGCAGGAGGGCGAGUCGGUGCUGGGCGAGACGCGGCUGCCGACCCUGCCGGCCAACGUCCGCCUGGUGCGCCACCCCAACUCCUGCUUCGACUGGGGCACCUUUGGCUGGGUGAUCGGCACCAAGCACGUCGACACGGCGCGCUACCGCUACGUGCUCUUCCUGAACAGCUCGGUGCGCGGCCCCUUCCUGCCGCCCUACUGGCCCCGCGCGCUGCACUGGACCGAGGUGCUCACCAGCCGGCUGACGGACCAGGUCAAGCUGGUGGGGUCCACCAUCUCCUGCGAGGGCACCUGGAAGGACGGCGUGCUGACUGGGGAGAAGCGCCAGAACCCCCACAUCCAGUCCUACGUUGUCGCCAUGGACCAGUGCUACGAGGCCUACCACGACGCCGUGUGGUACGCGGAGAUGGGGUCCAGCGCGGCCAUCCUGCGCGCCGGCUUCAACAUCGACUCGCUCAUGCUGCGCUACCAGGGCGUGGACUGGCGAGACACCAACAACUGGGGCUGCAGCGCCGCGCUGAACCCGUACGCAGAGUACAUGUACGACGGCAUCAACCUCUCGCCCUUCGAGGUCAUGUUUGUGAAGAUGAAGGAGUAUCUGUUGGAGGCCAACUGGACCACCGCCACCGAGAUCAAAAAGUACACGGAGUGGGCGCGCGACCGGGGCCAGGGGCUGGCCUCCAACGAGUACACGGCCAAGCAGGAGCACCUGCGUCGGGUGAAGGUCCUGGGCAUGCGCGAGCGCGGCCCCGCCUGCUUCGACUUUGACUUUUACAAGCUGCGCAACCCGGACCUGCCCAUCCCGCCCUGGACCGCCGCCCACAUGUGGGACCACUUUGUGGACUUUGGGCAGCACGAGGGACGCGUGUUCAGGUUCAAGUGCACGAGCCCCGGGGUCAAGCCAAAUUUCGCCCUGCCCUCCCCACCCCCACCCGUCACUCCGGCGGCCGGGGCCUCGCAGGGCACGGACCCGCGCUCGGCGGCGGCAGGCGCAAGUCAGGGCGCGGGAGGCCAGGCGGAGGCUGGGAGCAGGGCCGCCGGCGCUGCGAGUGUGGGAGCCGCCGCGGCGGAUGCCCAGGGCGCCUCGGCGCAGGGCGAGACGUCCCAGGGCGCCUCGGCGCAGGGCCAGAGCACGGCGCUGCAGGGCGCCUCGGCCCAGGGUGCAUUGACCCAGGGCGCGGCAGUCCAAGGCACCUCGACCCAGGGCGCAUCAGCUCAGGGGGCGUCAGCCGAGGGCGCGUCGAGUCAGGGCGGGUCGACCCAGACCCUGGGCGGCUCGACCCCGGGCACGGCAUCCCAGGGCGCGUCCAGCGCGGUCACGCAGGCCGCGUCGGGGGCGGCGCAGGGGCUCGGCGUCGGUGUGGCCGCGGGCUCGGCGGGUCUCGCGGGGCAGGGCGAAGCCACGGCGAACGGGCAGGCCGGCGCUGCCCUUGCCAACCCGGCGCUGGGGUAG